AUGCCCACGCUUCGUUUGGUUUAUUUGGUGGUCGGACUCAUAUCCGUUUCAAGCGCCGAGCAGGCGUUGAAGAUAGUGAAAGAAUAUGGAGAGAGCGGUUUCAAAGGGAACUUCCUGUACGGCAGAAAGGGCGACUCGUUUAAGAUAGCUUGUGUUGCUCCGGUCGAUCUGUCGCCGGAAGACCACAGCAAAUUGGUUUGGUUGGAGAAAGGCCGAAGUGUGUGCGACGAAGAGAAGUGCGAAAUCGUUCGACACUUCGAAAGGUACAAGCAGACUGCCCGGACGAUUGAAUGGAAAGCCAAGGGGGAUACGGUGCUCACGUGCGCCUACAAAUCUGAGCCAGAACAAUGGAAGAACGUUUCCGUACAGAUUUUCGUCGAUCCAAGAAUGGCAAGCACAUUCGAGUUGAAUGAGACCGCCACUGGACUCCAGUCACUGCGGCUAGCCUGCGACCUACCGGCGAACAGCGGUGACAAAAUUGAAUGGAUUCAUGACGGACAUCCCAUUCACAGGUCUGCAAGAAUGAACGUCAUGACCAAUAACGGAACUCUGUUUUUCACCGAGACGUCCUUGGUGGACAGCGGUGUGUAUUACUGCCGUUCCUCCGAGGUCAAAGCUAGGCGUGGAUCGAUCAUUAUCGUGAAAGGCAAGGCACAUAUUGCUCAAAGAGACGUCAGAGGCAUAAAUCGUCUGCAGGGCGACAGCUUGCAGAUUAACUGUGACGUUUAUGGAUAUCCGCUUCCGAACGUCACCUGGAAGAGGAACGGGGAAGACUGGACAAACGCCUCUGACCGAGUGCUUUUCGACAGCUACAACGGAGUCCCUAAUGCUUCUUUGAAGAUAAGCGAUCUGCGAUUCGUCGAUGGGGCCGUUUAUUCGUGUAUUGCAACCAAUAGCUAUGGGGUCGAAAAUGCGACCUACGUGGUUCGCGUGAAAGAGAGGCUGUCAGCAUUGUGGCCUCUGCUUGGCAUAAUGAUCGAGGUGGUGGUCUUGGUGACGGUCAUCCUCAUGUGUGAGAGGCGAACGUCCAGGAUGGAACAGUUCGAGAACAUAGAAGAUCGACGGAAGAAGACGUUCAAUGAAGAAAACAACGAGAAGGAGGCACAACCGCAAAAAACCUGA